CACUUGCAAGAUGUUGCCAGUGAUUGCCGCCGUCUGCUUGUGGCUGGCUCCAGGCGGCUCGGUGCUGGGGGCACCCUGCGAGCGGGUCAGGAUCCCGAUGUGCAGGGCAAUGCCCUGGAAUAUCACCAGGAUGCCCAACCAUCUCCAUCACAGCACGCAGGAAAAUGCCAUCCUCGCCAUAGAACAGUACGAGGAACUAGUAGGGACCAACUGCAGCCCACUGCUCCGCUUCUUUCUCUGUGCCAUGUACGCUCCGAUCUGCACCCUUGAGUUCCUGCACGACCCCAUCAAGCCCUGUAAGUCGGUUUGCCAGAGGGCAAAAGAGGGUUGCGAACCGAUUAUGAGAAAGUACAACCAUAACUGGCCGGAGAGCCUGGCGUGCGACGACUUACCUGUGUACGAUCGAGGCGUCUGCAUCUCCCCCGAGGCAAUUGUGACUGAUUUACCCGAAGUUCCAGAUGCCAAGUGGACGGAUUUCACACGCGAUAUGGUUGUGAUGGAAGCAUCUGACUGCAAGAGCUGGAAUUCAGAUCGUUGUAAAUGCAAAACAACUAAGCCGAUGUUGAAAACUUACUUGGAAAAAAAAUACAACUAUGUUAUCCGGGCCAGAGUAAAAGAUGUGAGCAGAAGUGGCUGCAAUGAAAUCACUAACGUGGUGGAGGUGAAGGAGACUCUUAAGUCAUUGAGACCCAUUCCACAUGCUCAUGUGGCCCUUGUCACAAACUCCUCAUGUUCGUGCCCACAGCUUCCACUCAACCAGGAGCUGCUCAUCAUGUGCUAUGAGCUCCACUCACGACUAAUGCUCUUUGAAGGAUGCGUUGUUGAAAAAUGGAAAGAGCUAUGGGUUAAACGAUUGAAGCGCUGGGAACAAAGACUGGAGCAACAACAACAAGUGGAGAACAUGCAAGAAAGGAAUGUGGGACGCAGUGAGCGCAGUGGUACCCCCAAGUCAAGCUCAAAGAAGACCAAGCCAGCUCCCCCCAACCCCAGGAAACCCACCAAAAAUAAAAACAAGGAAAAGAAAGCAAAGAAGUUGUGAACUGGGAAGUUUCUGCAACUACGGAUUGUCCCUUAUGAUGGAGGUCACGUCCUGGCUUCAGCGGCAUGCCACAAUUUCCACAUCAUUCUCUCAUUUCCAGCCUGGUCCUUAUUGCACUAUUGCAUUUCCAAAAUGUCUGUGUAGCGUCACCAACUCUCAGAAGCCCUUGCAUUGUCAUAUCCAGGCUCUGCUCACCACAGUCAUUGGCUUGCACUACAAAGUGGUGGCCAUUUCCUUUCUAUGUCUUCAUCUGUCUAACUUGUAACAUUUCAAAGCAAACAAAUACAUGGCAUUGAUCACCUCCUGUCUAACCCAUGCUGCUAAGCAUUCGGACAUGUGUGCUACUGAUGUGGUUGUUUUGCUGUACUGUGUGUGUUGGAAAAAGUACUUUGCAAGUAAAUCUGAUGGGAAUUAUGUACUCUCACAUCACUGAUUAUUAUACUACAACAAAAUAAAAUAUAUACAUUACUUAUUUAAAUAUACUGAGUGAAAUGUUCCUCAGGUCACUAAGUGUAGCUAUGCUGCCAAUCCACACUAGUUGUGAACCCACAUUUGCAUUGUGGUUAGACUUAGAAACCUGAGGAUUUCCCACCCUAGCCCAAUUUUUAAAAAAUAAUACCGGUGUAAUAUAUAAGACUGGUAUAUUUUCAGACUGACGUCUGUUUUCAUUUUUUUAUAUAUUAUAAUCUUUUUGUAGUUUUGAAAAGCCCAAGCACAAAAAAAGGUUUCAUUUCUUCAGGAGAACAUUUUCUCAAAUGCCUUUGAACUGAAAAAUGUAUUUUAAAUAAUGGAAAUAUUGGUGCAUUGCACGAUGUGAAACAUGCUGUAUCUACGUGUGCAUCUAAUUUUCAACCCAUUGCUAAAACAAGAUGCAAUUGUUAUAAACAGAAACAUAAGGAUUAUAUGAAAGCCUCAAUAAAUUCUGAGGUGAAAACAACAUAUGAAAAUGAUGAGUAAGCAAUCCCUAAGAAAUGAAUCCUUAAUUGUGGAUGGUUUUAUUGGCAGGAAAUAAUGUUUUGCUUGGUUGAACUGCUGGAACAGCUCUUCAAAAGUUAUGUAGAAUAUCUGCUUGUGAUCUGAACAGUGGAUUAUGAAAACAUUUUUUGGCAUAAAUUUUUGUAUUAAAAUAAUUUCUGAGUUUAGUCUAUCUCACAUAAGUGCAGCAUUCCUUCAUCUUUUAAAUUCCUGGAACACAACAUUCCUCUGUACAGAAAUAAGAAAUAAACUUUAAUGGCAGAUUUAACCUUU